CCCGCGCAUCUUAGCACCCUCAGUCGUUUCUCAGACGCACCGGUGGCCGGUCAUAGGUUGCGUUGAGUUGUGUGAAAAUGAAUUUUUUACUGAGCAAGUUCAUGUGGCAGAAUGGGACUCGGAUUAACCAAUAUUUGUUCGCCAUUAUCUUAACCAUACCCCUGCUAAGCUUCGGGAUGGUCCAAGGCUGGUUAUCACCGAUGAUCGCGCUACUCCAGUCUUCAGAAGGCCCAUCACCAGAGCCGUUCACCAGCAGCGACAUCUCCUGGAUGACGUCGGUCACUUACAUCACCGCCAUCAUCUUUGGGGCACCCAUGGGCUACCUGACGGACAGGUUUGGGAGGAAGAUGAUGACGCUGGCCACAACUCUAUCUUUGAUCGUGUACUGGCAGAUCAAGUUGAUAUGCCUGGAACCUUGGGCCCUGAUCCUGGCACGAGCCAUCGCCGGGAUCCCCUGCUCGGCGUGCUACAUCGUGCUGCCGAUCUACCUCAAGGAGAUCAGCGACAUUGACCUGAGGGGAGCGCUGGGCUCUUUGCUGAUCUUGAACAGGAACAUAGGUUACCUAGCCAGCUACGUGUGUGCUGAUCUCCUGAGCGUGAACGCCAUGCUGUGGAUCGGGUUCCUGGUGCCGACCCUGGUGUUCUUCGUGCUGCUCUUCAUGCCUGAGACUCCUGAGUUCCUCGUCAAGCAGGGGAAGAUUGAAGAAGCCAAGACAGUGAUGGCGUGGCUCCGAGGCGUGUCGACGGUGGACCGCGCGUUGGAGCAGGAGAUCGAUGGCUUCGUGCGGGUGGAGAAGCAGACCAAGGCGGACACUAAGUCCGUCUGGGGGAUUAUCCUACGUGACCAGCCCACCCGCAAGGCCUUCAUCAUCACGCUGAUCAUCAAGAUCACGCAGCAGUUCGACGGCUACCUCAUCGUGCUCAUCUACGCAGGGUUCGUCUUCGAGAAGGCCUCGGAGACCAUCAGUUUGAAGCUCAGUCCUAACAAGCAAGUCAUGCUGAUCGGAUUGGUUCAGCUACUGGGGUCCACGUUGGCGACGUGUAUUGUGGAGAAGACUGGUCGAAAGCUUCUCCUAGUCACCACCUCAUUCGCCGUGGGCGUGGGUAUGCUGAUCCUAUCCGCCUGGUUCUACGUGACCGCCAACGGCAUCUGGCUGCCAGGCUGGCUGCCAGUCUUUGCGAUGUGCCUGUGCAUCUUUUGCGACGCUGCUGGCUUCCAGCCGAUAUCCUACAUCAUUAUCACCGAUCUAUUCACUUUCCAACUACGAGGCACAGUGUCGGCCUUCACAAACAUCUGCGCCAAACUCAGCAACUUCGUCCAGAUGAAGUGGUUCACAAACCUUUGUGAGCUGAUCGGCAUCCAUUGGACUUUCCUUUUCUUCGCCAUUGUAUGCUUCAGCGCUUGUGUCUACACCACAGUCGACUUCCCAGAGACCAGGAAUAAGACUGUAGAAGAAAUCUAUGGGAAACUGUCACGGAGAGGCAAAAAGUCAAACAAAACUGAAGCAGUGCCGUAGUGGGAAAGAGAGGUUGUGUUAUUGAAUGUGUGAGAGAGAUAAACUGUUUUUCUCUUUCAGGAUGAGUGGUACUAGUGACAUUUAUAUUUUGGCUGAUCCUUGAAUCGAUGAAGGAAGACUUAUUAUGUUUUAUUGCAAUUGAAAAAAUGCAUUUAAAUCAGACCUGAUUCUGAUCAGUAUUUUCUCUAAGGGUUGGUAGAUAUUGUUACACUUGUAAAUAGUCCUAAUUUUCUACAAGGCAUACUUCUACUGAUGUUUUCUGAUGUCAGAAAUGAAACAAACAGACGAAUACCUUUUACCAAAGGCAGAGUAUUUGCGAGUUUGCCAGGCUGGACCUUAAAUUGAAUACUGCCAACCUUUUUUCUUAUUUACAUCGUCAACAUUUUUCUCAAGAAAAUUAAUGUUAUGGUCAUUAUGUAGGUCUGCCUUUUUAAUAAGUUUAUUGAAAAUAUAAAAAUGCACUAGUGAAUAAGAUUUAAGAGUUAAAUGUUUAACUUUAUUUAUCAAAGAACUUCACAUGAGUUAUAAAAAUAAAUAAUUAUUCUUAGACAUAAGAAAUUGAACAUUAAAGUCGACUGAAAGUCAUUAUUUAAUCUUAAAUAUUUAAGUAAGUAAGUAUAAUGAAGAGCUUGUUACGAACAAUACAAUUUUAUUGUAACAUUAAUGUACUUUUCUCAAAUAUUUAUCAAGUUAUUUAGCUUCUCAUUUACCUGAAUAAAAUUAUUAAUGAAGCACUCAGCAUCUAGAACUUCGUUUCGAAACGCAUUAGUAUUAGGAUGUCAGACGAUUUUUGAUAUUCAUCCAUAAUUUAUUGGAUUAGUCUCAGAAUUUUACCAAAUUAAGUUUGACAUACUUUUCACUGAUGCACGUUUCAUAAAGAGUUUAAAAGAGAUGGGCUGGCUCAUUCACAUUUAAAUCGAUAGCUAGAGUGGGCCCAUCGACGGUUUUAAAGUUUAAAUCUUUGUUAACUCGAUUUGGUGGAGACAUAAUGUACCUAGAUGACAUCAUCAUUGUUUCAGUAGACGUUCACUUCUGAGUGCUGAAUUUGUAGAAACUUUAUAAUUAAAGUUUAAUAACCUCUUUAUUAAAAUUUCAUUCAAUUUAUAUUUAUCGAUGUUUGAGCAAAGUUAUUUUGCCUGCUUGUAUAGUGAAAGAUUUUUUCUUUAUUUAUAAGUUUAAAGUUUUGCACUUGUGUAUUUUAUUCACUUCACCUUGUUGGCCUUUAUGUGCACUUUUACGUAAGCAAG